UGUGUUUCCCUCUGCUGUUUCACAAAACCGCCCAGCUGUCGGCCUGUCGAGACGCAGUCGGUCCUUUCUUGUCCACAGACUCUUACCUUCGUCGUUCCUUGUAUCCACUAUGGUCGGUCGUCGAAACAACCCGCCUUCACAGGGCCUCAAAUUCUUCGGAAUGGUCGGUGCCGUAAUGGCUGGCUUGAAACUCAAAGAACACUUGGAUGAAUACCGACGCGUACCAAAUGAAGAGGACGGUCUCGGACCAGUUGCUCUGCAUAGCCCAAUCGACGAGGAAGGGAUGGCUACUCUCGACACAGAAAUCCCUGCAACAAGGUCGACGAGAAAGAAGACCGAUUGCUGCAUGUGCUGCGGCAUGCGAUGCGGUCUCUUCUGGAAGGCAUUUGGCAUUGUCUGCUUGCUCCUUGUCGGCUGGAACGCAAUCAAGCUCGUCAUCUGGAUGGUUACUCCUUCGCCCACUGGCCUUGAGGGCAUGCCGAAGUAUAGUACCUCACUCGGCUGCGAAAAUGCCCCGUACCUCUACCAGGACUCGAAGAUGUCUUACUCAGUCCCUGUCGGGACGAAUGGCGCUGAUCACACCCUUGACAUUACCGGUGCUGCCGUCGGAACGGUUGUCGUUGCCCAAGGCGAUGCUGAUUCGACCGAGAUCAAAUACGACAUAACGCUCCGCACAGACGACGCCUCUCUCUUGGAGCACGUUACCCUGCGGUACCCGACGGCGGACGACAUCGAGCAGGGCCUCUCCAGCAGCAGGAUGCACCUCACGACCCCCAAGUACGGGGCGUCAAAGUGCAUGCGGUACGACAUGACGGUCUACCUCCCGCCCACCGCGAAGAAGCUGGACGUGCAGACCCGCGGCGCCUCGCAGCUCAAGUUCGACACCGAGUCCAAUUUUGACCUGGACGCGCUCUCGGUCUCGAUGAUCAGCCUCGACGAGAACAACAUGCUCCUACCGCACAAGGGCGUCCACGCUGGCUCUCUGACGUUCGAGAUGACCCGUGGCUGGCUCGUCGGCGACGUCGCGAUCGUCGACAAGACGACGCUCACCACCCAGCGCGGCGACGCAGUCAUGAACGUGCACGUCCAUCCGGCACCUUCCACUGCUGAACCUCCAGCUACUGCGCGCCUGCAGACCACUACCGGUGCUGGUCGCAGCGACGUCUUCUACGUGAGCCACCCCGGCCACCCUCACCGCCCGAUCUCUAGCGUGCACCGGUCAUCGAAGAAGGGGGACCUCUACCUCACGUAUAAGGAGGCCGAGUUCAAGGGCACCGUCAACUUGAAGGCUAAGUCCUACUCUGCUAAGGGGCUGCAGGGCACAGUGCGCCCUGAGGGCGAAGGGCUCCCCUGGGUCGGAGACAAGGAUGGUAGCGACAGCCUUGAGGUCAACUCGCCUAGCGGCUGGGUUGGCCUCUACUUCUAAGCAGGCAUAUUUUGUGCUAAGCUAUCUACCAUGGGGUUUUGGGUAUCUGUGGUGCUGUCGACGAUGGACUUGUCCGUGAGCUAUCGUGUACUAGUAAUGGAUUUGCGAUAAUGUGGUGCGUGGAAGACUCACUCGGUGUAUUUAUGGUGUCCUCUAGCGUGUCAAUGCGACAUCUACUUUCAUUUU